ACUGUGGCAGAGAGAAGAGCUCCGCUACUUUUUAAGGUCUCCUCUCACUUUGAACCGGUGUCAACAAACAACAACAACAACAAAAUCAGCUCCACGGCGCUGGGCACCGAGGUUCCACGAGCUUCAAAACAGGCGAGUCCGACCGGGAGACACGUUUAUGACUUUCAGGAACGGCCGAAUUCCUAAAUCGCUGUUUCACUGUCGUCAAAUUGAAGUCUUCGGAGGGUUGUGUCCCGGGACGCUCGUGCUGUAGCCCGGGCGCGGCUAACGGAGGCUAACCGAGACCAGGGGGCUUCUCACCGGAGAAACGGCGAUUUUAACGACGCUCUCUCGCCACGGAAACCGGCGCCGGAGGAGCGGGCUCCCCGAUUGGAGGAGAUUUCCGUAGUCGCUGGGGCGGCGGAGGUAUGACUGCGUUGGCGGGGUCAAUACCCAGGAUGAUGCGACCCACGCUGGCUCAGAACUACCCCCGCAGCGGCUUCCCGCUGGAAGUGUCUACCCCGCUGGGUCAAGGCCGAGUGAACCAGCUCGGAGGAGUUUUCAUAAAUGGCAGACCUUUGCCCAACCACAUCAGGCAUAAGAUCGUGGAGAUGGCCCACCACGGCAUCAGGCCGUGCGUCAUCUCCCGACAGCUCCGGGUCUCGCAUGGCUGCGUGUCCAAAAUCCUGUGCCGGUACCAGGAGACGGGCUCUAUACGACCCGGCGCCAUCGGAGGCAGCAAACCCAAGGGAGCAACGCCGGACGUAGAGAAGAGAAUAGAAGAAUACAAGCGGGAAAACCCGGGAAUGUUUAGCUGGGAGAUUCGGGAUAAGUUAUUGAAGGAUGGAAUAUGUGACCGCAACAGCGUACCUUCAGUCAGUUCCAUCAGUCGCAUCAUGAGGAGUAGAUUCGGGGGGAAAGGCGACGAGGAUGAGGACGAAGAUGAAAUUGAGAAGAAAGAGAUGGAGGACAACGACCGGAGAGCCAAACACAGCAUCGAAGGCAUAUUAGGAGACAGAUCGAGUCACUCAGACGAGGGCUCGGACAUCGAGUCGGAGCCUGAUCUGCCGCUGAAGAGGAAGCAGCGCCGCAGUCGGACCACCUUCACAGCGGAGCAGCUGGAGGAGCUGGAGAGGGCGUUCGAGAGAACCCACUACCCUGACAUCUACACAAGGGAGGAGCUGGCCCAGAGAGCCAAACUCACCGAGGCCAGGGUGCAGGUGUGGUUCAGCAACAGGCGGGCAAGAUGGAGGAAGCAAGCAGGAGCCAAUCAGCUGAUGACAUUCAAUCACCUGAUUCCAGGAGGGUUUCCACCCUCGGCCAUGUCCAGCAUCCCACCGUAUCAGCUGUCUGACAGCACCUACCCCCCUUCAUCUAUAGCACAAGAGCCCCCCAGCACGGUGCAUCGGCCCCAGCCGCUCCCGCCCUCCUCUGGCCACCAGGCCUCCGCUGGAGGACAGGGAGAAGGAGGCUCAGCCUACUGCCUGGCCUCUGGACGCCACUCCUUCUCAGGCUACUCUGACAGCUUCGUGGGCCCUGGAGGACCGGCCAACCCCAUGAACCCGGCCAUAGGAAACGGGCUCUCUCCUCAGGUGAUGGGCCUGCUGAACCCGGGCGGCGUGCCCCAUCAGCCCCAGAGCGACUACGCCAUCUCCCCUCUGACCGGCGGCCUCGAGCCCCCUGCUGGCAUGGCGGCCAGCUGCAGCCAGCGCAUGGAUCACAUCAAGGGCCUGGAGGGUCUCACCAGCGUCCCCUCCAUGUCAGCUCUGCCCUCCCUGCCCAGCUCCCAGUCCUACUGCCCGCCCUCCUACAGCUCCCCCGGCUACACCGUGGACCACGUGGCCUCCUACCAGUACAGCCAGUACGGACAAAGUGCCCUUCCUUAUCUGAGGCCUGAAAUCACCUGAUCAGACACUCUGGACGUUGCAGCGAAGUGUUUAUGUGUACAGUAAUGGAAAUCUGGACCAAACUGUUGCUACAGUUUGCCAGGCCGCGUCCUUGACUGCAGGACAUGAUGCUGUUAAUUCUUGGACAAUGGACAAACUAAAAAAAAAGGGACCACGAGAAGGAAUGUCACGCCAAAAACUGUUGAUUGACUGAACUUUGCAGCGUUGCUCGUGCUGAUAAACAGCAGAGGUGCCAGCAUUGAUGCGACCGUCUCUGGGGCCACGAAGAGGAAGGGGCACCUCUGGGGUCCAAACACCCAAAGCUGCCGCCGCGGAGCAGCCCAUGGAGACGACGCUCAGAAGAACGUGUUUCCGUGUCUUAGGGCCAAAUAAGUGCAUAUGAAAAUUCCAUGUAUCCCCAAAUUGUAUGUACUGAAGGGGAAAAAAACAGAAAAGGGCUUUUUUGAUUUUAUUGCAUUUAUUUGAUGUUAGCAUUCCACAUGUGGAGAGAAACUCCCGGGAGAAAGACAACAAACACAAAUCUGUGUGUUUUUAUUGUAUCGGAAACUCUAACGACACCACAGCUGUACUGCAAAGAGAGUCCACUGAAGCGCCCCCCCCCCCCCUCCUCCCCCCUCCUCUCCUCAGCGGCUCCGCCUCUCUCUCCUUCUGUCUUAUUGAUGUUUCAGACGGUGAGACGGGGCCGCCGGCCUUUUGUAGUUUCAGAGAGGAACCCGGAUGAGGUCAGAGGGCGACUUCGGCGAAAGUGACGGAUGAGAGAGCGGCGGAGGCGGGUGUGCGGGAGGAGCAGCCAAAGGGGGAGGCGGGGUGAGAUCGAUCACUGGGGGUUAAAAAAACCCUUUAAACCUCACGCAUCGCGAAAGAGCCGCCGGGUCACAAGUCACGACCAGGAGCCAGUGAGCGACAGAGGCCUUGUAUCAGAGUCAAUCUCGUCAUUAAACAAGUAAAACGAGUCUUAAACAACAUGGAUGAUUAGUCUGGAUCUGGUUGCAGCCCUGGAUCAGCAGGAGCCUCAUGUAUUGCUACAGUGACACAACAAGUUGAAUCAGUGCAGUCACGAAGGCCAGUGUCAACAGAGAACGACCAACGACAAAGCCAAAAGUCUGUUUUCAGUUUAUUUGUUGCCUUGAACCUUUUCCUGUUUCCACUUAGCAAAUGAAGGUAAUAAUGAUUCUGUUUUAGAAACAUUCCACUCAUAUUUAUAUUCACAAGUAAUUGUUUGUGAGGAUUAACAUUUAAAACUUUCCACAGUAUUCGUACAGGUUAGUGACAAUAUCUUAUCCUCCAAUUCCAGCUCAGUGGUGCCUUCAGGAGCACUCGCGUGUCGUCCGUCUUUCUAUAUUAGAACAAGUCCUUUUAUUCCUUUCAUAUAUUUUUUUGUAUUAUCUGACAAAUUGUUGAUGACGUAAUGUCACGAGUAAAGUCGCAUUAUCACUACUAUUUAUAAUUAAAUAAAAAAAAUCUGAGAAUA